AUGACUGAGCCUCUCUCUCUCUCUCUCUCUAUCUCUCUCCCUCCCUUUCCCAAGUACGAUGUGUUUAACACCACAGAGCUGGACUGGAGCCAACUGAGUAAGAAGGAAUGCCUGAAAUAUGGGGGGCAACUGGGGGGGAAGUCCUGCCCCUACGUGCCCGAUCUCGCCCUCAUGUCCUUCAUCCUCUUCUUCGGAACCUACUCCAUGACCGUCAGCCUCAAGAAGUUCAAGUUCAGCCGCUAUUUCCCCACCAAGAUCCGGACUUUGCUCAGUGAUUUCUGCACCGUCAUCUCCAUCCUCGUCUUCUGUGGUCUGGACGCGGUUGUGGGGUUGGACACCGUCAAACUGCACGUUCCUGUUGAAAUAAAGCCCACCCGUGCUGACCGCGGCUGGUUUAUUAUGCCGUUCGGGAAGAACGCCUGGUGGGUGUACUUGGCCAGCGCCCUCCCUGCCCUCCUCGUCACCAUCCUCGUCUUCAUGGACCAACAGAUCACUGGAGUCAUCGUCAACCGUAACGAGCACAAGCUGAAGAAGGGAGCCGGUUAUCACCUGGACCUGUUCUGGGUGGGGAUCUUGUUGGCCGUCUGCUCCUUCAUGGGGCUGCCCUGGUACGUGGCAGCCACCGUCAUCUCCAUCGCUCACAUCGACGGCCUCAAGAUGGAGACGGAGACGAGCGCCCCAGGCGAACAUCCCCAGUUCCUGGGAGUCAGGGAGCAGAGAUUCACCGGCGUUGUGGUAUUUAUCCUGACCGGGGUCUCGGUUUUCCUGGCCCCCAUCCUGAAGUACAUCCCGAUGGCUGUGCUGUACGGAGUUUUCCUCUACAUGGGGGUGGCCUCACUGAACGGCAUUCAGUUUUGGGAUCGCUGCAAACUGUUCCUGAUGCCGAGCAAACACCAGCCGGAUCACGCCUACCUGAGGCACGUCCCCCUCCGCCGCAUCCACCUGUUCACCGUGGUCCAGGUCCUCUGCCUGGCCGUCCUCUGGGUCCUGAAGUCCACAGUCGCGGCCAUUAUCUUUCCAGUGAUGAUCCUGGGGCUGAUCAUAGUGAGGAAGCUUCUGGACCUGAUGUUCUCUCAGCACGACCUGGCGUGGCUGGACGACAUCCUGCCCGAGAAAGACAAGAAAAAGGAGGAGGACAGAAAGAAGAAGAAAAAACUGAAAGGGAAAGACCGGGACGAGGACAGCGAGGAUGAGAAAGGGCCGCUGGUUGGAGCUGUGCGUGCUGACCUGUCCCCAAAUAACUCUGACUCUCCAGACAGGAGUAUAACCCUGCGGCUCAGGAUCUCCUGCCCUUCCUCCCCUGCUUUCAACUACGCCCACAACGCCGUCCCUCAGCUAAAGAUAGAAAUGGAGUCAGACUACAACGAGACGGACACUGAGAAAGGGCUGAGAGACCCGGGCAACGAGACCACCUUAUAGCCCCCCCACUCUCUCCCCUCUCCCCCCGCCUGCCGGUAGCUUCACAAUCCAGCCAGUGUCUGGGCCAGCGUACAGCCCGCUCAGCACAGGCUGGGGUGCCACCGACCCACCACACC